GGUCCUCACCUCACUGCUGUAAACACCUUUCAAGCUCAUGACUGCCCCGUGGACAAAUAUUGCAACAGAAACAAGCUAACUAGAAUUUAAUUGUGUUUUGUUUUUAAUAUCGUACUCGAACAUGUACUCAGAAUUAUUCUAAACAGAGAUUCUGCUCGACAAGCUUUUCGACAGACAGGAAAUGAUUUGUUUUUAUUCAGGCAGCUUGUUGGGCACCUACAGAAACUUUGACAACACAGCGGGGUCCUUCGUUUAGCGCCAGUUUAGAUUUUUACCUCGCUCUAGUUGUUGCAGCUUAUUGUGAAGGUAACACGAAAACCUUCAAGUGUCAUUUUAUAAAAACACAGUUUUUCUUUCAGACAGAGACAGACAUUUCUUAUUAAGCUAACAAAGCUUCAAAAUAACAAGUUAGACGACGCUGUAAAAUCCGUCAAAGCUGCAUUAAAGGAAGAAAAGGACACAGCCGAGUAGGGCACCGGAUGAUCUGAUAUCAGCGACUCUAGCAGCAUCACAAAAAAUGGACAGUGAGGAUGAUCUGGAUGUUUUGACAGCACUGUUGGCGGAGAGCGAGGGUGUCGCUGAAGAACAGGACGGUCCGAAGCAGGAAGAGGACUUGGAUGGACUGUUUGAUGAUGACAAUGAGGAGGAAGAGUACAAAGAGGGACUAGAGGAAGAGGGCCAAGAAGUAGAGUCUGGAGACUCUGUGUCUGAGCUCUUUGGAGACGUGGAUGACAUUGAAAAUGAAGAAACUAAAGAAAAAACAAGGGGAGGAGAAGACUGUGAGAGUCUGGACAGGUCCAAGGAGGACUUACAAGAUGAGCUGAAGCGGAUGCAGGAGCAGAUGCAGCGAUUGCAGCAGCAGCUUGAAGCAAGCCAGAAGGCUCCACCUUCCAGUCCAGUCACAACAAAGGGAAGUUCUGCAAGUCCCAAACCAGUGACCCCAAAACCAACAACCUCUAGGCUUGCCAAGGCCAAACCUGUCACCACCACACAAAAGACAAAGACACAAGCAGCAACAUCUACCUCAACUCCAGUCAGAGGAGAAAGUCCAAAACUCCAGAAGUCUUCUGACUUCCUGGAUCAGCUGAACAACGCUGACUCCUUCAAACGUAAACCCAGGCUGGCUCACACUCCAAAACUCAGCACGUCACCAGAAGACAGAGGGCCACUGGUGGAGAUAAAGAUUGGCAGCUCCUUCCAGCCGGUAGAGAGCGCCAGCAAAGCAAAUCCUCUGCGUUCACCUCCAGCCUCCCAGAGCAGAGCGGCUCCAGCUGCUCCAGCAGGACAGAAUAAACCUUCCCCUCUUCCUGCUCUGCCUAAAGAUGUGGGUGUGGAGAAAUACUCAGGACUGCGGCUCAGAAAACCACGAGUUUCCUCCUGUGAGAUGGAUCGCAAGAUGGCUGAUCGCCGUCUCAUCCGUCUGUCAGAGUUGCCGGAGCGUCUGACUCGGGAGAAGCUGGAGGACAGUGACUGGGUGACUUUUGCUGUGCUGGUCAACAAAGUCACACCCCAAAGCAGCAGCAGUGGUAAAACCUUCAGCAUCUGGAAACUGAACGACCUCCACAACCUGGAAGUGUAUGUGUCUCUGCUCCUGUUCGGUGAAGUCCACAAAGAGCUCUGGAAGACUGAGACAGGCUCCGUCAUCGGCCUCCUCAACCCCAACUCCAUGAAGCAGAAGGAUGGAUAUGACGGGGUGAGCCUCACUGUGGAUCAAUCACAGAAGGUGUUGCUGAUGGGUGAAGCUCAGGACUACGGGACAUGUAAGGCUGCGAAGAAGAACGGAGACCCCUGCUCUCAGAUCGUCAACUUGUUUGACUGCCAGUUCUGCCAGUAUCACGUCAAAGCUCAGUACAAGAAGAUGAGUGCAAAGAGAGCCGACCUGCAGUCGUCCUUUUCUGGAAAAGCUCCCAACAAGGUGAAGGUCAAGGGAGGAGGAGGCGGCCUGAGGGAUCGGCUGUGUCAGGACGGCUUCUACUACGGGGGGGUUUCCUCUGCUGCCUGUGCUUCAUCAAUAACGGCGUCCAAACCAGCACAGAGGACUCUGGACAAGCUGUUUGUGAAGGGUUCAGCUCAGCUUGUCAACCAGGCCAAGAAGCUGGGCGUGAAGUCAGGAGAAGUCUCUGGUUGUUCUACGGAGUUUAAGAGUCUGUUGUCAGUGCCAACACCCGGAGCUCUGCAGCUGAAGAAGCACCUGGUACAUGCUAGCCAGUCAGUCGCCAAAGAUGCGUCCGGAGCGCCGAUUCAGUCCAUCACCGCCUCAGACCUGCUGAAGCAGCAGAAACAGAAGCAGCGGGAGCUUCAGGAGAUUCGCCAGCGCAGAGCACAAGAGAUCCAGAAGAGGGUGCUGCAGAACUCAACAGGGCCCAGACCUGGAUCACUGUCAUCUUUACCUGGCAGAGGAAGUCUGAUGUCCCCCAAAGCAGCCUCUGAGGCCACCCGCAGCCCCACGGCUCCCCACGCCCCCACCCUGGGCCGAGGCUUCUCUGAGGGAGAUGACAUCCUCUUUUUUGACAAGAGUCCACCACAGGCCCCGGCGCCCAGCGCUCUGAGCCUAUCAGCUGCCAAACUGGCUGCUCUGAAGAAGCUCAGAGCCAAAGGGACGGGGGUGGAGAAGGAAGAUCCCAACGCUGUGAAAAGAAAGAGGAGUAAAGAGAGCGACAUCGACGCCAGAGUGGUGAAGAAUCUCAACUCAUCUAAAGAUGAAUCAUCAAGUAAAGAGGAGGAAGAACCAGCCCAGAAAAAGAAGCGGGAGCACCUCCAGUAUGUCCAGUCAGAAGAGUUUCAAAAGAUCCUCAACGCCAAAUCUCGCCACGGGGUCGUGCUGCAGGCGGCGGAGUACCAGCUGCAGGAGCGCUACUUUGACGCCCUGGUGAAGAAGGAGCAGAUGGAGGAGAAGAUGAAGGGCAUCAGGGAGAUGAAGUGUCGAGCUGUUACCUGUAAAAAGUGUAAAUACACCUACUUCAAACCAGCAGAUCGGUGCAAGGAGCAGAAUCAUGAUCUGUACUGGCACGAUGCCAUGAAGCGUUUCUUCAAAUGUCCGUGUGGACAGAGAGCCAUCGCUCUGGACAGACUGCCCAACAAACACUGCAGUAACUGUGGCCUGUUUAAAUGGGAGCGUGAUGGAAUGCUUAAGGAGAAAGCCGGACCAAAGAUCGGUGGAGAGCUUCUCCUGACUCGAGGAGAGGAGCAUGGAAGGUUCCUCAACAGCAUGCAGUGACGAUGCUGGGACACUGUUUUUAUUUUUGUAUAUUACAUGUCAUAGUAGUCAUUUUACAUUUGUACGAAUUAUGUUUUUAAAGUCUGGUGUUUUGAUAUAGAUUUAUUAUUUGAAUAUCUGGAGGUGCUUGAAACAAGCUGAUUAAAGCAAGAAACAUUUUCAUCUCA